GGACUGAACUUCAAGAGAUACAGAAAAUGAUUGACAGUCUCCAGAAUCCACGGGAUCCCAGUGAAGUAGCCCCGCUGCCAGCCAUUCCCAGAGAAGUGACCUUUCUACAGUUUGAUGCAGCAAUUAGGCAUCGACUACGAGAGACAUUUUUGUCCUCGGGGAAUGUUUCAGCCUACCAGAGUGUUACAGACAGGAUAUACCAUGUGCUGCCUCCAUUGAGUGACUCUGCGAUUCAGAGGGCAUUUGCUUCACAUCUAAAGCUCCCACAGCUUCUGGAUCCUCGAAGCUGCAGGACACUCAUGCAUUUUCCUUGGAGGACAUUCCUAAUGGAUGGAGGAUUGUUUCCAGUCACUAUCAACAACACAAUUAAUAUAAAUUACAACAUGCAGCUGUGCCUGUGCAGCCUGAGUGAUGCAGACCGAAGAGUUGCUCACGGGGAGCUGGUGGCAAUGCAGUUUCUAAUGGAGGAUGUACAGCAGAACACCUACGGCUGUGCUGUGGAAGAUCACGCUGGCUGUCAAGCCUCGUUAGCUAAGAGCAAGCAGCAAAAUUUGGCAGAAACGGUUGACUCAAGUGCUAACUGGUUGCAGAACAGCAAAAAUACGUGCAAACUUUUGCUGAGGCAUCAUGGUCCGGCCAUAUCACAUAACUUGCUGAAAUCUUUUCUGAUCUGGAAGCAACUAGAAAUAUUAAAGGCAAAAUGGGGCUGGCUGAAGCUGAGGACUGAGGAUAUCAAUACAGUUCUUCUCUACAAAGAGUUUUGUGAGCAACAUGGUGCAGAUAUCCUGUACCCGGCCAUGAAAGCCAUAGUCAGACAAACAGGCACAGAGGAGGAGUUUGGAGAGCCCGUUACAAGCACUCAGCAUGUACUUCCCCCCAGAGGAGCAUCGAAAAUCGAAAUGAAAUUGUGCCAGCUUCAAAAGCUUCUGGAAAGCCUAGAAAUCCACAUGAUCCAUGAUGUGCAGAAGAAAAUUAACCAGGAGGUGACUCUAGUGACAUCUGAAAGAGCCAGACAAGAGAGCAGUCUCCCCACUGAUAAGUGGAAACACAGGGUAAUGCAAGAAAAUUUCUCAGUUGUACAACCACAGAUAGUUGAAACAUUUGUUCAAAGGCUGAUGGAAAGCUACCAAGAAUCAGAUACAGAGGUUACUUUUAAAAAAAGCCAUUUACAACAGUGUCUGACCAUACUGGGCUGUGACAUCAUGGCCAGAGAGCGCAGCAACUUUGAGACCUACUCCAUGUUUUAUGAAAAUAUUCACCACCAGCAGCAUUGUUUACUUUACCAAAAAGAACAAAUUGUGGGGCUGUGCCAUGGGAUGAUUAUGGAAAUAACUGCUCUCAGAACCCAGCUCGCUGGCUUAGAGGAAGAAAAUCUUGGUCUCAAAGAGAAGAUUAGAAAAGAAGUAUGGGAUGAAUAUGAAUCACUAGUGCGGAACUUAUUUGUGACUUGUGUCCAUCUAAAAGGAAAGUUGGAUGUCUAUCGCCUUAGCAUUGAGCAACGAGUGUUUGAAAUCAUCAGUGAAGUGAGAAGAGAAGGAGUUGACAAUAUGAUUGAUCUGAAGAAAAGCAAGGAGCUUCUUAAAGGACUAAAAUACAAAAAGAAAGAUUGCAACAUGGACAGGCAGAGUAUAGGAGUUCAGACCCCUAGUGAUGACAUUAGGAAGGCCAAAGCCCAGCUGCAGAUAAAACUAAUACAGGAUGCAAAGGGUAGGAAAAACAGCUUUCAGGAGGAAGUCUGCUACUUUGAACAAAGAAGAAGAAAAGCUGAUGACUAUACUUUUCAUGAAUCCACUAAUUUCGUUCUUAUUAAGGACAUUGUAAUUAGGGUGAACCAGGAAGCUCUUCAAAACAAAAAAGAGUGUCCGAAUGCUAAGAUGAUGGCAGAACAAGAGGUGACUUCGUUUCAGGGUGAGCUCAUGUCUGUAAGGAAAGCUCUUGCAAAAUCUCAGGCAGACAAUGACAAGCUGAAGAAACAGCUACAUAAACAGAUAAGAAGCCAGUUAACCCAAGAGUGCAGUUUAAAACAGGAGGCCUUCCAGCAAGUUGAUGAACUGCAGUGUCAAGUUUAUGACCUGGAAGCUGCAGUUUCCCAGAGGAAUGCGACUGCAGGUUCUGCAGCUCAGGUCCAGAGUAACAAGCUUUCAGCAUCCACUCAGCACGGAGGUUACCAGCAGCAUCCUUUGAAUCUUGACCCAAGAAGCAGCAAUGGAACAGGAGGAAACACUCAAUGA